AUGGAGGAGACGUGGGGCGCCCCGUGCGCCCCGCCGCCGUCCGCCGGCGCCCCUCGCCCGGCGGCGGCGGCGGUGGCGGCGCCCCCCGGCAACCUCUCGGGCGCCCCAGCUCAGAACUGCAGCCAGGAGGGCUACAUCUACCAGGACUCCCUGAGCCUGCCCUGGAAAGUGCUGCUGAUCGCGCUGCUGGCGCUCAUCACCCUGGCCACCACGCUCUCCAACGCGUUCGUCAUCGCCACCGUGUACCGCACGCGGAAGCUGCACACGCCGGCCAACUACCUGAUCGCCUCGCUGGCGGUCACCGACCUGCUGGUCUCCAUCCUGGUGAUGCCCAUCAGCACCAUGUACACGGUCACCGGCCGCUGGACGCUGGGCCAGGUGGUCUGCGACUUGUGGCUGUCUUCGGACAUCACCUGUUGCACCGCGUCCAUCCUGCACCUGUGCGUCAUCGCCCUGGACCGCUACUGGGCCAUCACGGACGCCGUGGAGUACUCGGCCAAGAGGACUCCGCAGAGGGCGGCGCUCAUGAUCGUGCUCGUCUGGGUCUUCGCCAUCUCCAUCUCGCUGCCGCCCUUCUUCUGGCGCCAGGCCAAGGCCGAGGAGGAGGUGUGGGACUGCGUGGUGAACACCGACCACGUCCUCUACACCGUCUACUCCACGGUGGGUGCCUUCUACUUCCCGACCCUGCUCCUCAUCGCCCUCUACGGCCGCAUCUACGUGGAGGCCCGCUCGCGCAUCCUCAAGCAGACGCCCAACAGGACCGGCAAGCGGCUGACCCGCGCGCAGCUCAUCACCGACUCCCCCGGGUCCACGUCGUCGGUCACGUCCAUGAACUCGAGGGCCGCUCCCGACGUGUCCAGCGAGUCCGGCUCGCCCGUGUACGUGAACCAAGUCAAGGUGCGCGUCUCCGACGCCCUGCUGGAGAAGAAGAAGCUGAUGGCCGCUAGGGAGCGCAAGGCCACCAAGACCCUGGGCAUCAUCUUGGGCGCGUUCAUCGUGUGCUGGCUGCCCUUCUUCAUCAUCUCCCUGGUGAUGCCUAUUUGCAAGGAUGCCUGCUGGUUCCACCUGGCCAUCUUCGACUUCUUCAAUUGGCUGGGCUAUCUCAACUCCCUCAUCAACCCCAUCAUCUAUACCAUGUCCAAUGAGGACUUCAAGCAGGCGUUCCAUAAACUCAUACGUUUUAAGGGCACGAGUUGACUCUUGCCCCGUGCACUGGGGUCCGCCCGGGCGGCCCUUGGGGAUCAUAUUGUGUCUGGUUCCACAGGUAGGUCGG